UAAAUCAGAUAACAUCAGCCGGAUAACUUAGCUGGAUCAUGAUGAGCACGAUGAUAUUAUCUUGGAUGUCUUGUUUAAUCUCAGAUGUUUUAACCCUCUAUGGCAUGGUGUUGCCCUCAGGCAACAAACUACCUUUUUGGACCUCACACUGCCCCUUUAAUUUUUUUUAAUUAAAAAAAAAAGUAUAAUAUCACCUGACAUGUCUGUCCAAUCAAAUAAGGGACUAAAGUGGUUGUAGCCUUUUGUUUGGGGGUGGGGCAGUCCUUUCCGGAAGCAAAGUCGCAUGGGACACAGUGCCACCAAUUGGUAAGUUCAAUUUCACUUUUUAACAUGUUUAAAAUUAAAUAACUUUAUAUAAAAAAAAUAUAUGUAUGUGCAUCAGUAUGUAAAGAAGUAUGUUUGAUUGUUUAAAGACACAUUUUGAUUUUAUUUAUAUGCUAAAACUGUGUUUUUUUGUUUGUUGCCUCAGGGCAACACUGUGCAGUUAGACCACUUUUUUUUCGGGCAAUAUGCUAAAUUGGGGAGAUGUGAUCGGAUGCAAAAUUAGGACCACAUGGUGCAUUCAAGUCCUCCUGGGAAGCUCUGUGAAUGCAUCAUAUAUGUGCAAUUUAUGUUAUUAUUAUUAUUAUUAUUAUUAUUAUUAUUAUUAUUAUGUUGCCACAGAGAUGAUGGUGCCUAUCAUCUCAUAAUCUGGCUAAAUGAGUAAUGUUUUCUGGCAAACUUUAUCUCUCUUCUUUAUUAACAGUACACAUAAUGUGUACAAAUUACAUUGAACAGUCAGCAUUAAGAUAUGCAUUUUUCAUGAUCAAUGUUUUUACUAUCUACUGAUACUUACAGGAAAUGGACACAAGACAAUUUUACGGGCGGAAGGAACAUGAUCGAGCAGUUAGGGUCAUUCCUUCUGACAGUGAGGACAGUGAGCUUGAGGAGAGUGAAAAUGAGGACAGUGAGGUUGAGGAGAGUCAUGAAGACUGGAUCCCUGAAUCAGGAGAAUGCCUGUCUCUUGACAAUGACACAGAGUCUGAGGAUGAAGAUGAAGAUGAUGUAGAAGAGGUUGAUGUUCCACGCCUACCCCGAUGGAGAACACCUCACAAUGCACACUUCAAUGCUUGCCCAGAAUGGCAGGACCUGCUUCCAAAAUCUGAUGAUAUCAUGUCCCCCCUCCAGUACUUCAAGCAGUUUUUCUCUGAAGACAUUCUGGAAGUUAUUGUAGAGCAGUCAAAUCUGUAUGCGAUACAAUGUGAUGCAAACAAGCCGCUUAACCUCACCAUAAAAGAAUUGGAGCAGUUCCUGGGGAUUGUGGUGUACAUGUCAUUGUUUGGUUUACCAGGCACCCGCAUGUUUUGGAACAAAGCCUGCAGAGUAUCCCAAGUAGCUGACACCAUGACACUGAAUAGAUGGGAGGCCAUCAAAAAACACCUGCACUUCAAUAACAAUGAAGAGAGACAGGAGGAUAAUAAUGAUCCACUCCACAAGAUCCGACCACUGGUUACUCAUCUAACCUCAAAACUGACAUCAAUCCCAAUGAGUGAAAAGCUGGCUGUUGAUGAGCAGAUGGUCCCAUUCAAGGGAAGAAACAGACUGAAGCAAUAUCUGCCAUCAAAACCAAAGAAAUGGGGCUACAAGAUUCUGGUCUUGGCUGGCUCUGAUGGUGUCCCGUACAACUUGGAAAUCUACACAGGGAGAGUUGUACAACCCCCUGAGCUAGCAGAUGUGGGAGCAAGUGGCAACGUUGUCCUCCGCCUGGCCCAGCCUAUACCCAAGCAUAAGAAAUACAAGGUUUUUUUUCGACAACUGGUUUACGAGUGUCCCUCUUGUGCUUACACUGGCUCAGCAGGGAAUUCACUGCACUGGUACUGUUCGUGGCAACAGACUACCAGGUGUCAACUUGAUGUGCGAUGCUGAGCUGAAAAGAGCAGGACGUGGAUCUUUUGAACAGAAGAUGGCCAUGGUGAGAGAAACCACCUUGUAUGCUGUAAAGUGGUACGAUAAUCGCUCAGUGACCCUUCUCAGUGAUUACACUGGAGCCCACCCAGUCACCGAGGUUGACAGGUGGGAUCGCAAGCAAAAGAUGAUCACCAAAGUCCCCUGCCCUGCUGUGGUGAAAGAAUACAACAAGAAUAUGGGUGGGGUGGAUCUUCUUGACUCACUGCUUGCACUGUAUAGGAUCAAAAUCAGAUCAAAGAAGUGGUACCACCGGCUGGUGUUCCACCUUCUGGAUAUGAUCAUCGUGACCACAUGGCUGCUCUA